CGACAGCUGUGUUGUUAACAGAUAGCGUUAGCUGGUGAAAUCAUUCUUAGCUAACUACUGAUCUGAAUUCAUAGAAGUUACUAGCAGUGAAAUCUACGAUAUGUCAGUUUUACCUGCAGAAAUUCAUGGUGCUUUAAGUCAGCUCUUGCAAAACUUGUCAUCAGCUGACAACAGCGUUCGUUCCUCAGCUGAAAAGCUUUUGGAAAAUGAAUGGACUACCUCCAAUAAUGUUGAAAUGUUGUUGACUUUCCUUGCUGAACACGCAUGCUCAGCUGAAACCGAGACCUUGAGGGCAUUCAGUGCGGUCUUAUUUAGACGGGUGGCCAUAAAAUCACCAAAGGAAUUGAACAGUGUGAUUGACAGAACCAUUGGAGUCAUAAGUGAACCAGUCAAGGCUCAAAUUAGGGCGAUUCUUUUGCAAGGUUUUACCUCCCCUCAAUCAAACCAAGUAAGACAUAAGCUCUCGGAUGCGAUUUCUGAAGUUGCCAAAGAAGAUGCAUCACCACAGGGUACUUGGAAUGAACUUAUACCAGCAUUAUUUGAAGCAGCUAAGAGCACGGAUGUGAGUCUUCGUGAAUCGGCAUUCCGUGUGUUCUCCUCUGCUCCUGAAUUGAUAGACAAGUCUUUCCUAAACGAGGUGUUACCAGUUUUCAAUGCCGGAUUUGAUGACUCCAACGAUGAGGUCCGUAUUGCUGCAUGCACUGCUUUUGUUGCUUUCUUUCGUGAUGUUCCUAAGAAAAGCUGGCAAUCAUUAUCCCCACUCUUACCUAACUUAUUGAACUCCUUACCAAGAUUUUUACAAAAUGGCCAAGACCAGGCACUUGCAUCCGUUCUCGAGUCUUUGAUUGAUCUUGUGGAAUUGGCUCCUAAAAUGUUCAAAGAUAUGUUUCCAACCAUCAUUGAGUUCUGUACUGCUGUUUCUAAAAACAAGGAUUUAGACUCGAACACCCGUAUGGCUUCUCUCGAAUUGCUCACCACUUUUGCCGAAGUUUCUCCAGCAAUGUGCAAGCGUACUCCAUCUUAUACCGAUAACAUGGUCAUUGUCACUUUAUCAAUGUUGACUGAAGUGUGCGAAGAUGACGAUGAUGCUGCUGAAUGGAACAACAGAGACGAUGGUGAUGAUGAUGAAGAAGAGCCAGAAUACGAUGUUGCCCGCCAGUCAUUAGAUCGUGUUGCAUUAAGAUUAAAUGGUCAAUCACUCGCCCAACCUUUGUUUCAAUAUUUGCCUGCGAUGAUCCAAUCUGCUGACUGGAGGGCACGCCAAGCUGCAUUGAUGGCUUUAUCUUCAGCUGCUGAAGGAUGUGUUGAUGUUUUGAUCAAUGAGAUUCCUAAGAUUUUGGAUCUCAUUUUGCCAACCUUGCAAGACAACCAUCCUAGAGUUCAAUUUGCUUGUUGCAAUGCCUUGGGUCAAAUGUCUACUGACUUCUCUGAUGUCAUUCAAAGAACUGCAAGUAACCGUAUCUUGCCAGCAUUAAUAUCCAUGCUUACAAAUAAGUCCGUUCCAAGGGUUCAAGCCCAUGCCGCUGCUGCUUUGGUUAACUUUUCUGAGGCUGCAUCGAAGGAUAUAUUAGAACCCUACUUGGAUGACUUAUUGAACAACUUGUUAGGUUUAUUGCAAUCUCCUAAGAGAUAUGUUCAGGAACAAGUCUUGACCACCAUCGCUAUCAUCGCUGAUGCCGCUGAAAAGAAGUUUGUGAAGUAUUACGAUACAUUGAUGCCUCUUUUGACCGAUGUUUUAAAGACUGACAUGGGUGAAGAAAACAGAUUGUUGAAGGCAAAGUGCAUUGAAUGCUCUACCUUAAUUGCUUUGGCUGUUGGUAAAGAGAAAUUUGCCCCUCAUUGUCAAGACUUAAUUCAAUUGUUUGGUCACAUCCAGGCUACUGCCUUGCAAGAUGAUGAUCCAGUCAAGCAAUACUUGGAGCAAGCAUGGGGUAGAAUUUGCAGAAUCAUAGGUAAGGACUUUUUACCUUACUUGCCCGAUGUGUUGCCACCAUUAUUGAUCGCUGCCAAGGCAACUCAAGAUAUCUCUUUGUUGGAAGAAGAACAGGCUGAAGAAUUCAAUCAAAAUGAAGAAUGGGACGUGAUAAACUUGUCAGGAAAGUUGAUUGCACUUCACACUUCUGCAUUGGAUGACAAGGUCACUGCCAUGGACUUACUCAGAACUUACGCCAUUCAAUUGAAAGAUGCAUUCUUUCCUUGGGUCAAAGAGAUUGUUCAAGACAUCGCGAUUCCAGCUUUGGACUUUUACUUACAUGAUGGCGUUCGUGGCUCCGCAGCUUUAACCUUGGCUUCGUUGUUGAGGUGCUCCGUGUACGCAACUGGAAAUUCUUCGAAUGAGACUUUAGGCUUCUGGUCCCAAAUAUGUAACAAGUUAGUGGAUGUUUUGAACAAUGAACCAGUUCCAGAAAUGUUAGUUGCUUAUUAUACCUCAUUGGUUGAAUCUAUCAAUGUCUUAGCUCCAAACUCUUUAGGAGCCAAUCAGCUUAAAGCGUUAGCUGAUGCAAUCAAUGCAAACCUUACAGAGAUCUAUGAAAGAAUUAAGGCUCGUGAUAAUGAAGAUGAUGAGUACACUGAAGAUGUUGAGGAUGAUGAGGAAGAAUUCACCGAUGAAGAACUUUUGGAUGAGAUCAACAAGGCAAUCUCUGCCAUUUUCAAAAACUCUAGAUCAAACUUCUUAUCGACAUUCCAAGUACUUGUACCAACAAUCACCACUUUCCUUAAUGAUGAAAACACCAAUAUCAAGUUAUGUGGUUUAUGUGUUGUUUGCGACAUCUUGGAACACUGUGGAGAGGACUCGAUUGUAUACAAGGACAUUUUUGUCAACGUCAUUGGUGAUUCCAUCGUUUCUUCCCAUGCAGGCAUUCGUCAAGCUGCUUCAUAUGCCGUUGGAGUAGCUGCUCAACAUGGAGGAAAUGCAUACCUUGAAUUUUGUUUGGCCUGCUUGGAACCAAUGUUCAAGAUGGCAUCUGUUCCUGACGCUAGGGCUGAAGAAAACAUUCAUGCUACAGAAAACUCAGUCGCUGCAAUUGCUAAAGUUUGUCAUAGAUUUGCUAAUUCAGUUCCAAACUUGGAUGCUAUCAUUGAGCAAUGGAUUGUACUCUUACCAAUUUUUCAAGAUGAGUCCGCUGCACCAUUUGCUUACACAUUUUUGAGUGAAUUGAUCAAAAACCAGCAUGUCUCUGUGGCAAACAACGUUCCUAGAGUGAUAGACUCUAUUAUUCAAGCAUUAGCACAUGCCUCGAUUUCAGGUGCUACUGCCGAAAGAGUAGUAACGCAAGCAAGACAAUUAUUAGGAUCAAUGCCACAAAAUGAGGCAAUGGCCUUGUUACAGAAGAAUCCCUCUGAUAUUGAUGUGGUUCAAAAAUGGUUCUCUUAAUGCAUUUAUAUAGAUCUGUCUAAUUAAUUAACAUAUGUAAC